ACACAAGACACAAUCAGUAAGAUAGUAAAAAUGCAGAAACUUUACCCUCUCAAAACACUUACCAGGAAACGACUGUCUCAUUAUUCCACUGCUUUCUGUCUUAUCUGAAUAUCUGGACAAAAUCAAAAACAAAUUAGGAUCAAGAAGGAUUUUUGAGAAGCUUGUUUUUGAGUAGACAACAGAUAUUUGUAAUUCGUGUGGUUAUUGAUGGAUCGUUCAUAAAGAGUGGAAAUGGAUUCACUGUGUGCAGAUGAUUUUUCUUGCCCCGUGUGUAUUGAAAUCUUCAAGGAUCCUGUUGUUUUAUCAUGUAGUCACAGUGUCUGUAAAGAGUGUCUUCAACAGUUCUGGAGAACUAAAGAAACCCAGGAGUGUCCUGUCUGCAGGAGAAGAUCCUCAAGAGAUGCACCUCCAUGUAAUCUAGUGUUAAAAAACGUAUGUGAGUCCCUCCUGAAGGAGAAGAAAGAGAAGUGUUCAUCAGAGUCUGAGGAGCUCUGCAGUUUACACAGUGAGAAACUCAAGCUCUUCUGUCUGGAGGACAAACAGCCGGCGUGUUUAUUCUGCAGAGAUUCAGAGAAACACAUCAAUCACACAUUCAGACCCAUCAGUGAAGCUGUUCCAACUUAUAAGGAUGAGCUCCAUACAGCACUGAAGUCCUUACAAGAGAAAGUUCAGUACAAAGCAAACAUUAAAGAAGAGUUUGAGAAAACAGUUCAACACAUCAAGUCUCAAGCUGAUCAAACAGAGCAGCAGAUUAAACAGCAGUUUGAGAUGCUUCAUCACUUUCUCAGAGAUGAAGAAGAAGCUACAAUCACUGCACUGAGAGAGGAAGAGGAGCAGAAGAAACAUAUGAUGAAUGAGAAGCUGGAGGAGAUCAACACACACAUCUCAGCUCUUUCACACACAAUCAGAGACAUGGAGGAGAUGAUGAAAGACAGUGACGUCUGCUUUCUGAAGAAGUUUCCAGUCUCGAUGGAAAGAGUCCAGAUCUCAUCACAGCCGGAUCCACAGACUCCUUCUGGAGCUCUGAUUCAUGUGCCACGAUACUUGGGAAACCUGCCCUUCAGAGUCUGGAAGAAGAUGCAGGACAUCGUCCAGAACACUCCUGUGAUUCUGGAUCCAAACACAGCUCAGCCACUUCUCGUCCUGUCUGGUGAUCUGACCAGUCUGAGAUGGAGCAACAUCAGGCAACCUCUUUCUGAUAAUCCAGAGAGAUUUGACAUCUAUCCCUGUGUUCUGGGUUCAGAGGGGUUUAACUCAGGAACACACUGCUGGGAUGUGGAGGUUAAAGAGAGCUCAUCCUGGGGUCUUGGUAUAACUACAGCAUCAAACCAGAGGAAGGGAAGUGAUUUUUUUAAGACUGAUGUCUGGAGUGUGCAGCACAAAAUGUUUGAAGACUUUGGUUUUUCAGUUAAGCAGGUUCUUCAAUGUGUGAGAGUGAAUCUAGACUAUGACAGAGGAACAGUGUCAUUCUCUGAUCCUGUAACUAACACACAUCUACACACAUUCACAACCACCUUCACUAAAACAGUCUUUCCGUUCUUUCAUAGCAUCUACCCUCUGAAGAUCUUACCAAUACAUUAUUCUAAGUCUAAUACUAUCUACAACCAAAGUAAAUUCUAGCAUGAACCAGGGGCGGCUUUAGGGGUGGGCUAAAGAGGCUGAAGCCCCAAAUGUUUUCAGUAAAGC